GAUUCUUUUCUCUGAUUCCAGAUGGAGCUGGGCAACAGGACCACAGUCCAAGAAUUCAUAUUGCUGGGUUUAGAGGAUGGGCAGCAAAGGCGGUUCUACCUUCUUAUCUUUUUUACUAUUCUUUACAUAAUUACUUUGAUUGAAAACACCACUAUUAUCAGUCUGGUAUAUGUAGAUGACCAGUUGGCCCAGCUGCCCAUGUAUAUCCUCUUGGGAAACUUUUCCUGGCUGGAGAUGUGCUAUGUGACCACCACCAUACCCCGUAUGAUCUUUGAUCUGGCUUCUCCUCAAGGAACCAUCUCCUUCCAUGCCUGUUUCCUUCAGUUCUACAUUUUCUUCUCAUUUGGCAGCACUGAAUGCUUCUUCCUCUCUGUCAUGGCAUUAGAUCGCUACUUGGCCAUUUGCCACCCACUCCACUACCCAACAAUUAUGUCUCAGAAAAACUGUUCCAAGCUUGUGGCUGGCUGCUGGAUUGCUGGGUUCUUGGGAUAUGCUGUCCCAGUAACUUUGAUCUCCAGACUCUCCUUCUGUGGCUCCAAUAUCAUUGACAAUUUUGUGUGUGAUCAAGGCAUCCUAUCCCUGGCUUGUCCGCCUUUUAAAAAUGCUUCCUUUAUCAGCCAGAUUUCCAUGAAUAUUUUCACCAUAUUAGGCAACUUAAUUUUUGUAACUAUUUCCUAUGGCACUAUCAUUCACACACUGAUGAAAUCCUCUAACCAAUGUAGCAGGAAGAAGGCCUUCUCCACCAUAUCCUUCCAUCUCAUGGUGGUGACCCUUUUCUACGGUUCUGUGGCAGGAAUGUAUGUAGCUCCAAGUGGAGAAGGUCAAUCACAUAUCACUAAAAUAAUCACUGUCUUCUACACUGCCAUCACACCUUUUCUCAACCCCAUGAUCUACUGUCUGCGGAAUGAUCAGGUGAAGGAGGCCCUGGGCAGGGUGCUGAGAAGGAUGGAGCAAAGGCUGAGGAAAAAGAUGACAAUAUGA